AUUACCACUAGAUGGCAGAAUAUCGUUUGCAAAAAGGGUUGUAUAGGGUGUGAAACAGUUGUUUUCUCUCAUUUAGAAAAGAAUUUGUGGUGAGUGGAAAUGUCGGUAAUUCGUAGAGAAGUAGUUCUAGUAAGCAAAGCUUUAGCAGCAAAGGCUCGAGUUGCUUUUAAAGCAUUUGUAUAUUAUGGAAAAGUAGAAUUAACUCCACCAAAGAUAUCUGACAUUCCUGCCAUAAAAAGUGGUAUUGUAAAAGGAAUUAAUAAUCUUAAAACUGGACAAUAUCGUCACCUUACUGUGCGUGAAGCUUGGUUAAAUACAUUAGUUGCAAUGGAAGUCCUAUGUUGGUUUUUUGUUGGAGAAUGCAUUGGAAAACGACAUCUUGUGGGAUAUAAAGUGUAAAAAUGUAUUGAUAUUCAUAUGGAUAUAACUUCUGUAUAAUAGUCAUUUAAAUAAAUAUA